ACUUAAAAAAAAUCCUCAACUUCAAACGCGUUUUAGAAAAUGAAGAACGAGUAAGGAGAGAGAGAGGGGAAAGUCUGUUGAGGGCUUGAGCCUGUGAGUAACCAGGACAAGUAUGGCAACUGGAGCACUAGAGAAUGCAGGAGGAGAGAAACCAGGAGCAAAAAAGGACUGUUGUCCCAAAGGGGACAAACAUUUUCAUAGUGACGAAGUGAGGCAGAUCUGGAAGGAGUGCCAGCAGGAGAGUUUUUGGUACAGAGCUCUUCCCCUCUCCUUUGGAAGCAUGGCUAUCACUGGUGGCCUCAUCUACAAUGGGGUUUGGAAACAAUCAAAGCGCUUUGGUCCAUUCCCUAAACUAGCACUGGCAGGUAUCAUUGGUUACCUUGUGGGAAAAGCUUCAUACAUGGGAACAUGUAGAGAAAAGUUUCAGAGGUUGGGACCAGAGUUCAGCAAAGGCUUUGGUCCUGGCUGGGGUCCAGGGUUUGGGCCUCCUUUCUUUGGAGGCUAUGGAUACAAAACAAGACUACCUACUGGGCACAAGACGCUGCAAACAUGCCUGUCAGGAGUGUAAGAAAGAAGAAGAAACUGGAACAGCAUCUGCACAAACUACUCAAAGCUGAGGGAAUUGAGCAUAAAUACAAAAAUAUUAACAACGAAAUGAUGCCUGCCUUCACUAAUACCAGAAGUAAUAAUCAGUCAUUGUCUUACAGCACAUCAGCUUUUGUUAGUUCAUUUGUAGGUUUUGUGAAAAUAAUUCAAAUAAAGUAUGGUCUAAUAUAUA